CGUUCACACAAAGUGGCUGUCUCACAUUCCUGGUUCUUGACAGCUUUCUUCCAGACACACAGACAGACAGAAAGACAGAGAGAGAGAGAGAAAGAAAGAGACAGACAGAAAGAGAGAGACAGAGAGGGAGAGAGAGACAGACAGAGAGAGGGACAGACAGAUUUGGGACGUUUGGACAGAGGAGGACUUCGAUCGAGGACACUUGCCUCAGUACAGCUGGACCUGAGCUGAUUUGUCAGCCUUGCGUAGAGUUGGUGUCACCCCUCAAGUGUCCUUUGGAUCUCAGCUGUCCAUGGUUGUCUGAACAGAGGAUAACACAGUAAGAGAGCGGGGCCCAGUGUGCAUUCAGUACAACGCAGCAGGAGAGAAGAGCGGAGAUCAACCAACAAGUGAAGAGGAAAAGCAAAUUUGAACGCAAAAUGUCUCAAAACAGAGAACUGGUGGUUUACUACAUACAGUAUAAACUCUCCCAGAGGAACUAUCCUCUCAACCACAUGGGACUCAAUGAGCCUACAAACAGGACUGACAGAGGGGAGACAGGCUCGAGUGAGGAAGAGCAGACAGCGACGCACGUCAACGGAAUUUUAAAUGGCACGAAUCCCGGGACCCCUCCAGAUUCCCCGCUGCGGCAGGAGAGGUUGCCAUCGACGGCGGGUCUGGAUAGGGUGAAAGAGGCCCUCCGAGACUCCACCAAAGAGUUUGAGCUGCGAUACGCUCGUGCCUUCAGCGACCUGCACAACCAGCUGCACAUCACGCCGGCCACCGCUUACCAGAGCUUCGAGAGCGUGAUGGACGAGGUGUUCCGGGACGGCGUCAACUGGGGCCGCAUCGUAGGGCUGUUUGCAUUCGGCGGGGCGCUGAGUGUAGAGUGUGUGGAGAAGGAGAUGAGUCCGCUGGUGGGCAGGAUCACAGAGUGGAUGACAGUCUACCUAGACAACAACAUCCAGACCUGGAUCCAGAGUCAAGGAGGAUGGGAGCACUUUGCUGAAAUCUUCGGGAACGACUCUGCGGCGGAGAGCAGGAAGUCCCAGGAGAGUUUCAAGAAGUGGCUGUUCGCAGGGAUGACCCUGGUGACCGGGGUGGUGGUCGGUUCCCUCAUAGCCCAAAAACGCAUGUGAGAGAAGAUGGACAACAGCCUCUUUUAACACUCUUCUCCCAUGAUCCUCCCCACCUGCUACCUUCACUGCCCUGAUCGUACACCACGCAAGUUCAAAUGAAGGUCCUGUUUGUCUCGUCAGAACUGCUGAAGAUGUUUACCUAUUGUUUUAUCCCCCCCUCCUCACACAUCCCACAGUGGACUGAGAAUCCUCACAUGUUGUUGGACUUUUUGAAAAAAAGACCGGAGGGGGAAGGAGAUCGAGUAUUCCUGUUUCAUCUUAUUCCACCCUGAUGAAGCAUGCGUGGAUAUACAGAGACAGGCCUAUUAUUCUUUCAUUCACCCAACCAAUUGUUCCCACUGUUCCUUUUUCUCCAAUUGUAUAAUUUUUGAUUUUGUAUGUUUGUAUGUAUUAGUUUUAAUAAAUUUUUUUCCCAUCUUCA